UUCUUCAAACAUUCUUGCAAUGAAAAUGCACUUUUUGAAAUUUUACUUUGUCCAAGUAAAGAAAAAGGAAACUAGUUUUGUGGCGUAGUAUAUUCUGUUCUACAGAUCACGCGAUGAAUUAGCACGAUAUAAAUAAAACUCAUGGCGUGAUGGCAAACAAUAAUACCAAAACUAUUUUUCGUAAAAUCUAUUUUUCUAUAUCAUAAAAUUGAUCGCGCAGGACAAUAACAUUUCCGUGUGAUAUAAGACUAUCGAAAAACAACUACGGAUUUUAAAGCCGAAAUUAGAUUAAAAUGUUACAGAGCAUAUAGUCAACUUUGGUGAUCGGUUUAUAUUCAAUUUUAAGAAAUGAACAAAAUAUAUGUUUUUUUUUACCAUAUACAAAAACCAUGGAAAACAGGUUACAUCUUACAUAUUAUUAAUAAAACAAAAGGUAUCCAUACAUAUUAAUAAUUUUUUCACCACUGGACACUGUAUAUUGGAUUUUCAAACACGGUUGUUUACAAGAAAGGUCUUUUACGGAAUGAGCUAUGUUAAUUAUACAGAUUUUUGUGUAUACAAUCAUUUGAACCAAACCCAGACGCGUAACCAAUGCUUCGCAUUGCGUUUUCUCUGUCGAUGACGACCGUCACCAUGACUUGACAUUCAAAUCAAGAAGGCGAUUCUUUAUGACGUCACUUUGUUGACUAGUGCGGAAAAACGUGAGGAGAUAACAUGCCUUAUUCUAAUUUUUCUACCGCUCUUGAGAUAAUAAAUUUUUUUUAUUUUAAAUUGUUCGAUUAAGCCUCAAGCAAGAUCUUUUUCAAUAUAUAUAUUCUGUAACUAUUACAGAGACAACUACCGCAUCAGAGUUCACCGAAAUACUGGUACCGCGAUUUUCAAUUCUAAUCCGUCAAUUCGAUUUUAUCCUAUUUUAUUGUAAGAAAAAUAUCCCAUGGGAUCUUCGCUCUCUUCAGUUGGACUUUUCAGUAUGAAAACGACGGUAGAACAACUCGUUGACAAGGAGAUACAGGAUAACCCAGCUAUUGUGUUUUCCAAAACAUGGUGUGGUUUCUCCAAUAUGGCGAAGAAAGCGUUUGAAGACAUUGGCACCAAACCGAAAGUGAUAGAAUUGGACAAAAGAGACGACGGCCUAGAGAUACAACGGUAUUUGUCAACACUAACUGGAGCGAACACUGUGCCACGAGUUUUCGUCAAAGGAAAAUGCAUUGGAGGUGGUUCAGAAACGAAGUCAAUGAAACUGUCUGGAAAGUUAUCAAAGCUCCUCCAAGGAGAGGCAUAGAAUAUUUUAAUUUUAAAGAGUAUCAGUAUUGCAAUAUUUUUCUAUUUUUUUCUUAAUACAUAUUUACAAUAUAUUAAUAUUAUUUAACUUG